AUAAUAAUUCGUGUCCGUGUUGUUUAACUGAAUGCGGUGAAAACAAAUAUAUAGGGUCGUGUCGAAAAUGUAAAACAUGUUAUAUAUGCAUUAUGUCUCUGUGUGUGUGUGUGUGUGUGCGAGAGAGAGAGAGGGAAAGAGAGAGAGAGAGAGAGAGAGAGAUUCGACAUCAGGAGACUUCCAAAGAAUUUGAGAGUUAAAUGGAUACAUUUUGUCCGACUUCAGAUCAAUCCAAAGCGGUUGUGAAUUGGAUUGAAUUGAUAGACGGUAAAAAUAAACGAAUUACGAACAGUUGCUUUACCUUAUGUUUUGUCUACAUUGAUUUUGUGAAGAGAGGGGAAUGCAGGUGACACUGUAUUUUACCAAAGAAUAUAUACGGGAAGUUCAAGAGCUAAAGGUGUAACGUGAUGGACUUGUUUACUUUCAACAUUAGAUGAAUAGACAACCAACGUGUACCUUCAACUGAUGGCUAGGAACGACGGCUUCUCGCAAAUUUACACAACUUUCUACACAACAAAAAAAUAUAGACAUUGAAGGUUCUUUACCUCUCUUAUUUCACCCUUGACUUGUUUAUAAGUUUGAACCGAGAGGGUGGAGAAUGAACUUGAAUUCCAUAGCAAGAAAAAGAAAAUCUAUAGUAUCAUUACUGCCUUGGAGACGUUUGGAGCGCUAAUAUUCUUAACAGGGAUAUGUAAAGAUCGCAAGCGAUGAACAUACAAAAGCGUCAUGUGGCGGCUUAUACAAUGUGUGUUAGUAAAUUUAGCUCAAGUGAAUAACCAAACAUUUCUAAGCAGUUAAUGUGGUUAAACUUUAUGUAAAGAUGGGUUUUGUGGUUUAUAUAUUAAUAUCUCUAAUAACUCAUCUAGUAGAACUAGGAUUGAACUGUUUUCUAGCCUAUUCUCUAUGGUUAGAUGUCGAAUUGCGUGUUUGGUUUAGUCUAAUUUCAGGACUUUUAAUCAUACCCUUAGUAACAGUUCAACUCGUAUCCGCCAUAUUGCUACUCCAGCGCCAAAAGGAAAACUUGGCGUCAUGGCGGCUAAUUUUAAUGGCGUUUACUCACGUAAUGCUACUUGGUUUCCAUUGGCGCCAUUUUUCUAUUUUAUUAGAAAAGGACGUGAAUAAAAAGAAGAAGGACCUGGCUGAAUUGUGUUUAUUGAGAUUUAUUUAUACAUUUACCUCAAGUUUACCAUUAUUACUUAUAAUAUCUUUUUUAUUACUUGGUGGUUUUACGGGUUCCAUAUUGCUGAUACUGUUACUUUACGCGGCCAUUGGGACUACUUUAAUUUCAUCUUCAUGGGCAAUUGCUAGUUAUCAAAGGUUGAAACAAUCGAGUGAACAGGUAGAAGAUAUGAUUCCGAUAUGUUGUGGUACAUUUUUCCGUUUUUUGUGGCGAAUGGGGGAAAUUACUGCACGUAUACUAUCUUUGGUCCUAUUUGCAACUCUCUAUCAUCAUUGGAUAUAUUUAGUGCUGACUCUACAUUGGAUUACUAUGUGCCUCUGUGUUUUUACAUCUGUGUUAGCAGGAAUUAGUGGAACCGGGUGUUAUCGUGUUGUUAAGGGAAUGAUUACAGCAUAUGUGUAUAUAUUCUGUUUUAUUAAUAUCAACAAGAAUAACUCCACGUUCCGUUAUUCAUUCUUCUACAUCAUUAUGGUUUUAGAAAAUGCUACAUUAUGUGCUGUUUGGAUGUUAAUGGACGAUUAUCCGAUAUAUUACUUUGUAUAUAUAACAAUUGGCGCAUCCUUGGUUUGCAUUGCUUCCAUGUGCAUUUAUUAUAAAUUUUUCCAUAGGCGAACUCAUCAUUCGGAUGAGGACCACAAAGAAGAUAUGUGCCCAAACAAAGAUUGUAUUAACUGUAAACUAAGUCUGUGUGUAAAACAUAAUAAAGAACUACAGAGACCAUUUAACCCGGGUUGGUUGAGUCAGUACCAAUCAGGUCUGACUGAGGAGCAAUUUUACAAAUAUCUACUCCAGGAGUCGUUCGUGGAAUCAUCAGUACCUGGGGACAGAAAUUCUACCAUAAGUACAGCUUUGUCUAAUCCUAACAUAGAUUUUAAGAAUCUAGAGACAAUGUCAGACGAAGAGCGCCGAUCGGUUAUUAGUUUCUUAACCUCGAGGAACUAUGUUCAUAGACAGUUUAUGGAACAAUCGGACCAUCUCCCUGGCUACGAUUGGUCUGAUUAUACCACUGACACACCGAGUACUAGUAACGAACGUUUCUCGUGUUCCAGCAGCGAUACCGACUCGUCUCCCAGUGGUUUGUGGCCGGAACAGGACAAUUAUGUUCCAAAAUUAUCCGUCUUGUUAACCGAGGAUUGUGAUGCUAUUCAAGAGACUAAACACGGGCAAAUUUAUCUUAAACGUCUGGACUCCUUUCAUUCGCUUUUACGGCGAGACGCCCAUAAUAUGCAGGUUCUUAAUGCUGGUAGUGAUAGAAAUUUGCAAUGGUCUCAACUUCCUGUUACAAUGUUGGAUCGCCGGAAGUAUACAGUGCCUUGCGAAAAUGAAACUGAUUCCUGUUCAUCGGAUCCAACUGUCAGAGACGCUAGUGCGCGUACAAACGUCCGUAAAGCUAACAAAAGAAACAAGAAGCGCGUUGAAGGACGUUCUGAGACAAGGGGUGAUAAUUCAUCCAACAAAUCAAAAAGUAAAAAUUACAAACUUAAGAGAAAUGUGGGCUACGUAAAUGAAGAUAAUAAUGUUUACAUGGAAAUGCGUGUGCCAGUUAAAAAACUGCCAGCUGUUUACGAAAAUGUGGCUUAUAUGGACGAAAUUUUGACUGAGCCCUCGAAAGUGUUUAAGGUAGUUGAGACAAGCGAGAACAGUAAGGCGCCAUGGUAUACGUGUAGUGAAUCCGGAGAUAGUGCCUUACCUACAGAAACUUUUAGUUCUACGAGUAACUGUGGUUUAACGGAUGUUGACAAUGAUAGUCAUUCCAGUAAGGAAUUCAUGAUCUAAAUAAUGUUUACCUGCCUUAAAGGAGAAGUACAGUCGUUGCAAUUCUGUAUAUGUUAUUCAUUAUCUAAUAUUAAGAUAGUUUCUUCAAUGCAGAACCCAAAGUACGAAACAUUUGGCUGAGAGCAGUGCCAUGAGGAUAAUUUUCUCCCAUUGCUAAAGGCCCCCACGUGCAAGAGAAUUAUUGAAAUAAAACUCCCCCCCUCUCUCUCUCCCUCUCUCUCUCUCUCUCUCUCUCUCUCUGAUAUAAGAGGAUUAUGGCACGUGCAAUGCGUUGCUUGUUUACUGCGGAGAUGAUUGGUUGAAAUUGUUUCAAUACUAGAUUAUGAAUAUAAUACCUACAAUCUGCAAGGACAGGACGUUUCCUUUAAAGGGACAAUAACACUCUUGCUGGCUUGAAAGCUCUAGAAAAUAAAUAAUAUCUCUAUCUAAGUACUAGAUGUUUAAGUGUCCUACCUGUUGUGUAAAUUAUCCAUUACAUCCUAUUUUACUUGUCCAGAGGGUACGAAAAUAUGUUUAAAUCGAAGUUUCAUUUGAAAAGGUUUACGUUAGACGUUUCAAACCAUUAUGUUGAAUUUUUCAAAAUUUUUAAAUAAGGUGUGUUAAGAUGAAAUUUGUAUCAUCAAUUAAUUGAAAUAUUGUAAAAUAGUACAAUUUGUUGACCAGAAUAAAGAUUGGGACAUAUUAUUCAGUUACAACAAGAGUGGUAUUGAGCCUUUAAUAAACUUGAUUAUAAAACUAAAUUAAUAUUUAAUGUGCUAUAGUUUUGUUUUAUUGUUGAGAUUAUUUGUUUUACUACCUCACAUAUCAUGUACAUUCUACUUACAUAUUCAAGAUACUUUCCCACAAAAUUAUUCAUCGGGUGGUUAUGGAGCGCUUGGUGUAUAUGUUGAUAAACUUGAUGGUGAGUGGACGUGGAAAAAGUGAGAGACUUAAACUUGCAUUAGUUUCCGAGAAAAAAAAAACACGGAAAAGGACGUGGGCCGUGGAUAAUUCGAGAAUUUACUUAGGCUUCGAUAUGUAUGAUAAAUGGACAGUGAUUAAAGAAAACAUUGUCUUUUAUAUGCAAUGAAUUUCCCCCCGGCUUCGCAACCCUUCCUAGGUACCGCGACAGCCAAGUCACGUGACACAAACAUGACUUCUUUUAGUAGGUUUUUUUUAUAGCGUGGGGUAUUUCCUCGUGAAUACAAUAUUUUGAGUGGGAUUUGAAGCAAAUUUCUGAUAGAUUAAUAAGUUUGAAUAUGUUUUUAGUCCAAAUAUAUCACCAAAU